CACUACCAGCAGCAGCGCCGCCACCUCCAACCCACCAACACCAUUUGUCGCGCGUUGCACGCACGGCACUUGCGUUGCGUUCUAACGCCGCUGACCUCCCCCCCCCCACCACCUACCCAACCACCCACCCCACCCAGACCGUCAUUACGGCGCUCGCUCCAUCGCGGACAGAUUGCGUCACCAAAACACGGACGGAGCAGGGUUAGACAGGGAGGAAGGGAGAGGGAGAGAGGGAGGGAGAGAGGGAGGGAGGGGAGAGGAGACGGCACUGUUAGAGUCAAAGAAGAAGGUGGGAGGCGGUGUGUGUGGUGUGGUGUGUGUGUGGGGGGGGGGGGACUUCCUCGGAGUAAUUGCGAAGAGGAUCGAGCAGAAGCAGAGAGACGAGGAGGAGAAAGAGGCCGUCUCUCUGUCUCUCUCUCUCUGUCUCUCGCUCUCUCGCUCUCUCUGUCUCUUUCUAAAAUCUCGCGCGCACGCCGAGAAGCGUCGCGCAAUCCAAGUUUUUUUGCGCGCGCGAUUCAUUUCGAGACUACAUCGCUCCCCUCCUCCUCCACCUCCUCCUCCACCUCCUCCUUCCUUCCUUCCCUCCCUGCCUCCCUCCCCCUACGCUCCCAUGGCUGUCCCCGCUCCCCUCGUGCCUCCCUCGUCCGUCAUGCACUCUGCGAGCGCUCCCGUGCCCGGGGUCAUGUAUCGUCAGGAGGGCAAGAGCGACCAGCCUUUCGGACCCCCAUCCCCGGGAGAGCCGCCGGCCAGCGGCGGCGGUGGCGGCGGCGGCGGCGGCGGAGGUCUCGGCUCUCAGCGCAGGCCCGAACACAACAAGGGCUACCCGGUCUCUCCUCCCGUCGAGAACUUGGCCCUCAGAGAUCUCUACUGGUCCGAGUCGAAGACCCCGUCCUCGACGCCGUCCCCCUCGGAGUCCGCGUCACCCGGAGGAGUCGCGUUUCUGCCCGACACCAAACCGCCCGUCUUCUCCGGCUCACCCAACGCGGAGUGUCCGUCUCAAGGUGGUGGUGGUGGCGGCGGAGUCGGUGGUGGCGUUUACAUGCCCGACAGCAAACCCGUCUACCUGAUGACCGAAGGCGCAUCCAUGAGUGUCGGCACCGCGGGGGGCGCGCCGCUCUUCCGCUCCGCGGGGGUUCCCGGCGGCUCGGAGCACAAAUCGCCCUUCUCGUCGCACGGCUCCGGCUCCUCGGACGGCUCCCCCGCAUCGCUGCUCAGCGGCCUUUAUCUGGCACAAGAGCAGCACAAGUCCGCCUACGCGCCCAGCAGCCCGCCCGCGUCUCUACCGCAACAACAGAGCCUCCAGCAGCAGCAGCAACCGCAGUCUCAACCGCAGCAGCAACCACCGCAACCGCAAUCAGCGCCUCCUCCUCCUCCUCCACCUCCCGAUGGCUCAGCGCCAAUGCCGCCACACCACCACCACCACCACGGCGGCAGCGGCGGCGGCGGCGGCGGCGUUGGCAUCGGGAGCGGUCCCUCGCCACUCUCGUCCCGGGGCGUGUACCGGGUCGAGCCGGGGACUAAAUCCAUGUUCCCCGCGUCACCCGCGGGCGACAUCAAGCAGUGUUCGCUCGAAGCUCAGUUCGCCGCAGCAGCAGCAGCAGCCGCAGCCGCUGCCGCAGCUGCCGGCGGUGGUGGUGGUGGAGUCGCUUGCGUGAGCGGCGCGGGUGGCGACAAGAAGGUUGUGUACUGCACUCCGCCGCCGGUGGAGAACACGCCGGCUCACAACGAGUGUCGGCUCGUCGAACUCCACGGCGCCAAGGUGGCGUCGUUCACCGUGCACGGCCAAGAGCUCAUCUGCCUGCCGCAGGCGUUCGACCUCUUCCUCAAGCCCCUCGUCGGCGGCCUCCACACGGUCUACACGAAGCUCAAGCGCCUGCACAUUGUGCCCGUGGUGUGCAACGUAGAGCAGGUGCGCGUGCUGCGUGGCAUGGGAGCCAUCCAGCCCGGCGUGAACCGCUGCAAGCUCAUCUCGCGCCACGACUUCGAGACGCUCUACACGGACUGCACGAACACGAGCUCCAGGCCGGGCCGGCCCCCGAAGCGAGCACACGGACUACUGUCUCCCGACAGCAUGAUGCCCCACGGCCUCCUCUCCCCGGGCGUGCUCUCUCCUCCAGGCCUGGGUCCCACGGGGGGCGUGAGCUCUGGCGCCGCCUUCCCGGAGAGUCUGAAGAUGAAAAAGCUGAAGCUGGAGGCGGUGAAUGGCGUCCAUGGCAAUGGUAACCCGGGCAACAAGGAGGGCGACGCCACCGAGAUGUGCUCCGCAUCGGCCGGUGGAGGAGAGGGGCUGUGGGACAGGGGGAAGCACCAUUCCCCCAAGACCCCCCUGACCCCCCCGGGGAUGAGCGCCCAGCCCCUGUCGGCGACGCACGGCCCCCCCACCUCACACCCCCUCACCCAGCUCCAGCAGAGCUCCCUCUUCUCCAACGGGGCUCAGCUACCACUGUGGGUGUCGUGGCUAUCUGGACACUCCCAAAAUGUUCUAGGCCUGGAGCACAUGGGCAGCGCGCUCCCCUUCAUGAUGAUGUCGCACCCGCUCCUCCCCGUCUCGCUGCCGCACGCCGCCUCCGUCACCAUGGCGAUGGGUCACAUGACCCACCUCGGUGGCGGUGGCAACGCCAGCAACAUGGCCGCCGGGGCCGGCGAGGCUCAGCCCGGACACCCGCUCAGGCUCGACGCGGGCCUCAAGGAGAGGAGUGAGGAGAGGGACAGCUCCCCCGAGCCGUCCCCCAUGCGGAGGCAGCGAUCCGAGGAGCCCCCGUCCCCACGCCACUGCUCCCCGCCAGCGCUCGCACACGGAUCCAUCGAGCGACUCGGUGUGCCCUUGCACGGGUGUGCGUUGGUGCGUGCGUGCGUGGCAGGAGGCGUGCACCAGAAUGGACUGUGCGUGGGGCCUGUGCCACUCCCCGCCAUGGCCCCACGGCCCAGCGGCCAUGCCCGUGACGACGCCAAACACGACGGCAACGACAGGGGCCUCGCCGAGCAGAAUGGAAUGGCAGUGGGGAUGCUGGCCGGCGCGGCGGGGGAUAAACAGCACAGCCUUGCCAGCCUCGCUCAACUCCACGCAGACUUCCCAGCCGCUGCCUUCCUCUUCCCAGAUGGGCUGUCCUCCACCGAGACCCUGCUCACCAACAUCCAGGGCCUGCUGAAGGUGGCGGCCGACUCAGCGCGGGCGCAAGACAAGCAGGCGCAGCUGGAGAAGUCGGAGCUGCGCAUGGAGAUUCUGCGGGAGCGCGAGGUGCGCGAGGCCCUGGAGAGGGAGCUCGCGACCGAGCAGCGCAACCGCGAACUCGUGCAGAAGCGUCUGAAGAAGGAGAAGAAGGCCAAGAGGAAGCUGCAGGAGGCGCUGGAGUUUGAGGGCAAGCGGCGGGAGCAGGCCGAGCACGCGCUGACGCAGGCCACCAACCCCGACGGCCUGCGUGGCCUCGGAGAGCCACUGAGCCCCAUGAUGGAGGGAGAGAGAAGCGGACAGGGGGAGAACGAGAGAGUGGCUCAACAAGAUUCGAGGAUGUACUUCAAAAACCCGGGACUCUACUGAACCGGGCGUCAAGGUGGCAACGAAUUGGGUUGAGGGGGUUGUGGGGAGAGGGGGGUUGGGGGGGGAGGGCAGGGUUGGGGCGGGGGGUGGAUGGCGUUUGGACUAAAACGAGCGGACGAACGGAGGAGUUGUCAAGGGUCACGCGGCCAAGUGGUCAGUGGUGAUCACAGCCCAGGGGGCCGUGUGGGGGUGAGGUGGGGCGGGGGUGGGGGGGAAAGGGCAUGUCCGGGGGUCGAGCCCCCCGUGAACCCAGGGGGUCCCGAAGCUGCCCCGAUUCUUCCCGAGCGAUUUCCUGUUUGUGCCCCGGCGUGCGGGGGGAUCCGUGCUUCAUGCCCGUUGCUGCGGCUGCCCCCGCGUGCGUUUGCGUUGCCGAGCGGCCACCGGACGUCCGACGGUUCACUCCACGUGCCGGGAGCUUCCUCCUUCUCGUCCUCCUCGUGCUGCUCUUCUUCUUCUUCUGCAGCUGAAUUCUCCAGGAACCCGAAAACACAUCGGGAGCUGCUCGAGAGUGGCUCGUUAAAUAAAGAGGGAGGGGGGGGGGUGCUGGCUGAGAAUUUGUUGACACCGAAGGCCGUUGUCUGCGGAAGUGAGAAUCUGCAUGUCCCUUCUUCUUUACUUGUGGUUGCUGAACAUGAACGUGUGUUUGGGGCAUGGGGGGGGGGCCCUAGGAUGCUGCAGCAGCUGGCGGUUUUUUUGAGGGGGGGCGUGGGGAGGUCAGGGUUAUGAUCCAUCCCUCCCCCCCCCCACUUGGAUAUUGAUUGUGGUUGUAAAAUGUAAAAUAUAAAACGGAGUGUGCCCCUUCCCUAC